AUGUGGGCCGUAAUACGAGACCCAGAAGCUCCUAAAGGAUGUCCAAGAGCAAUAGCACCUCCAUUGACAUUCAACUUGUUAAUAUCAAGGCCUAAAUCCUUGACACAAGCCAGAGUUUGUGCCCCAAAAGCUUCGUUAAUUUCAACAAGCUCUAGAUCAUUGAGAGUUUUUUUAGAUAGCUUCAAAAGAUGCUUAAUCGCUGGUGCUGGUCCUAUUCCCAUGAUACUAGGGUCAACGCCGACGGUUGUAUAUCCGUACAAGCGGGCUAGAGUUUGUGGGCGAGGGUGUUCGUCGACAGACACUUCAAUUUGUUUCUUCUUUAUGGUCAUUGAAACUGGUGCCAUCUCAGCUUUGAAGUAA